UCAUAAUACGGGACAGGAGCCAGUACCUUUACCACGAGACGUUUUUGCGCCCUCGCUGUCGAGACCAGUUUACUCCAAUCUCUGUACAUCCACUAAGUGCACACGCAAGCACGUUUCCCUUCAUACCUAGCCGCUAAGCCUGCUCGUGAAAGCCUCCCGACCGGAGCAAUCACUUCAUCGUCCGCACCCCAGAAGCGCUCACUGCGCCGUGCUUAGGGCAACAUGGCGACAGCAGAUAUCACGUUCACGGUGGGGCUAUUGGAGAAGCUGGCAGGCAUGAAGAAGCGGGAACCGCCCGCGGCUAAGCCGCUGCUGCCGCGCUCGCCAGUCAUCCCGCUGCCGACGCGCACGCCCUUCUCGCCUGACGCCGCACGCAUGGUGGCUCAGGACGCACAGCUUACCCGGCAGCUGCAGUCCACCCGCGAGGUGGCGGGCUUGCUUGUGAAGCACGAGGAGGCGGAGGUGGCCAAGAUGACGUCACUGGCUGCAGACCUGCUCAAGGAGUUCAGCGUGAACACCAAGCCGUUGCCCUGUCAGUCCGAGUCGGCGGCGUGUGUGCAGUGCUUCAAGGCCAACACGGCGGAGGCAUGGAAGUGCAGCGAGGUGGCGGACGCCUACCGCCAGUGCGCCACAGCAGCCUUCACGCACAGCCGCGCCGCCGCCGCCGCGCCGGCCACUGCCGCCAGCGGGUGACGACGGCACGUGCUGAUGCGCACGUAUAGCACGGAAGGGUGGGGCAGAGGGCAGGACGCGUGGGGUCAUGUACUGUUGACCCGGGCGCGGUGGGUGCCAGCAGUGCAGUGACAGGCAGUUUUGUCAAGUGGACGGACGGACGUCGACACUGAAGGUUGAUUAUCAUGUGUUGCCAUACUGGUGUGUGGCAUGUAAGUGUGUUUGUACGGUUCACACGGCUGCGGCUAUGAUGGGUUAAGCGCAGCAGUGAGCAGUCCCCACGCUCAGCAGGCGCAGGACGGCAGGAGUGAAGCAUGAGGCUGCAGAUUACCGUAUGUCUUGUUGUGGAUGAUCUCGCAAGCACGUCGAUCUCAGCCAGGGGCGAUCUCGUUGCACUGGCCUCAUCUGAGGACUGGGAAAAUAAGGACUUAUGGGAUAGCUCGUUGCAAAGGAACUUUGCAACGCGGGCGGCGUCAGACAGGGGGAGGGGCCGUCAGGGCAGGCUCAAGUCGCAGGCGCGCAAGACGGCGCAGGCGGUCUUAUGGGGCUACGGUGGCGUGGCAGGUGUGUGCGGCGUUCUGUCAAUGUAACUGCUGGCAGUG